AAAGGAGAAAGAUUGGGAGAAAGAGAGAGAGAGAGAUAGAGAGAGAGAGGGAGAGAGAGAGAGAGGGCUACAUCAGUGUUGAGACAAUCCGCGUGGUGACACAGCCACACACAGACAGACAGGGAGGGAGAGCCAGCGAGAGAGAGAGAGAGAGAGAGAGUUAGACCCUCUCCAUCUUUCACACACACGCGCACACACACACACACACACACACACACAUGCGCGCCCAGACUUACAUGGACACGCUGACAGCGGCAGCACACAGAGGAGCAGAAGUUCUGAGAGCGUGAUGAGCUAUGGAGAGCAGCAUGUAUCUGGGUAACGCAUGUCAGGGCACCCUUCUGCCCACUCUGGUGCGGCCAUCCCUCCCCGCCAUGCAGUCUGCCCUGGGCAUGAAGCAGUUCCUGCCCUUCCACCUUGAACCCCCGUCAGGUGUCAGUCUCUUCCCCAGCUUCAGUGCGAUGGAUCCUGUUCAGAAGGCGGUGAUACAUCACACGUUUGGGGUGCCCUCCUCGCCGAAGCGGAGGUACAUCUCGUGCGGCGUGUGCCAGCUUCGCUUUAACUCGCAGAGCCAGGCAUUGGCCCAUUUCAAAGGGACCAAACACGCCAAGAAGCUGAAAGCACUGGACGCCCCCAAAUGCAAGCAGAAAGGCUCGCUGGUCGCCAGGGAAACCAGUGGCAAAGAGACCCCCAAAAGCUUCCCUCCAGCUGCGCCACCCCUUAGCGCCGACAGAAAAGAUGGUGGUCUGACUGUGCCAUCGGUGCCACCCACGCCCGCCUCUGUCCCCUUGCCCUCUCUGCCACCGGGCUCCGGUGUAAGUGGGGGGCUCGGGGCAGACGCCAUCCCAGCGGCGGGAGGAGGGGGGGACGAUGGGACCGCGGUCUCCACCACCACCAGACCCACCCCUGACCCGCAGACGCCCGAGGCUCAGACGUCGGGAGAGACAGAGAGCGAGACAGAGAGAGAGACAGACAGGGAGACGGACGGGGAGACGGAGGAGGAGAAAGCCAAGCGUCUGCUGUACUGCUCUCUCUGCAAGGUGGCGGUCAACUCCCCCUCCCAGCUCGAGGCGCAUAACAGCGGUACGAAGCACAAAACCAUGCUGGAGGCACGCAUGGGCACCGGCGCCAUCAAGUCCUUCCCCCGCGCCGGCGUCAAGGCCAAGCUGCCGCCGCCGCCGACCACCGUGACCACGGGCCUGCAGAACAAAACGUUUCACUGUGAGACGUGCGACGUGCACGUCAACUCCGAGACGCAGCUGAAGCAGCACAUCAGCAGCCGACGUCACAAAGACCGAGCGGCGGGAAAACCGGCCAAGCCUAAAUAUAGCCCCUACACCAAACCCCAGAGAGGACAGACUAAGCAACCGGUGAAGUUGUCACUGGCUAAGGAGCUGUGCCAGACGCUGCCGGCCAGGAUGGUGCCCUCUCACCUGGCAGCCAUGGCCGCCGCCGCCGCUGCCCUCAACUCCGCUUUCCCCCUGCGCUCCGGCGCCACCCUCUUUCAGACUCACUCCCUCCCCGCCGCACUCCUCCGCCCCGCCCCUGGGCCUGUCAGGACAGCCCACCCGCCCAUGCUGUUUGCCCCAUACUGACCUCUGAGCUUUGAACUCUGAACCUUGACCUGCCUGCAGGAGGGCUGAUUCAGCCUGUGGAGUUCCCCACAGCACUCUACUUGGACCCCUUGUCAAUCAACAGCUCCGUCUUCCCCCCCCCCCUAAAACCCCUCCCUGUUGGACCUGGACCCUUUGUUUGAUAUCACACCGCAAUAAUUAAAAAGAACAAAAGAACAGACACACCAAGGUAAACUAUGCAGUGUUGUUUCAGACUUGAAGCUAUAGAUGUCUAAGGAAUAUAUUGAUUUUUUUUUUUUUAGAUUGAUUCUCUGUGUUCAUUAAGGUCAUUGCUUGUGUAAGAAACCUUUUCAGCUACGAGAAUGUUGAUACAGAGACUAGACAGGUGGGGGAAAUCGUCUUGGCUGUUUGCACUUUAACCCCCCUUUUACGCUGGAUGUCCUCAAUAGAUUAGAUGUCUGUGACAUAAUCCCUCUUGUAUAGUAUGUGUUGGUGUCUAUUUGUGUGUGUUUGUGUGUGAGACUGGAUUUACGUGUGUGACUAGGUGCGUAUGUGUGACUGUGAGUGCAUGUGUAUGUGUAUGUGUGCAAAGGCAUCUGUGAGAGUGUGUGUGUGUGUGUGUGUGUGUGUGUGUGUGUGUGUGUGUGCAAGUGUAUUUGCUUACAACAGUGGAAUGUGAGGAUUGUGAGGAAGCCUACGUGAUCAGGAGAUCAGAAGCUGGAUCUUCUCAAAAUUGAAAUGCUGCUGCUCAAUUUAUAGACCACGUAGAAAACAGAAUGCUGCCUGCAAAGCAAAGAGAUAUGUAAAUACAGGUGUGUGUGCUCAUGUGUGGAUAAGGGGUGUGUGGGAGAGGGACUGAGAGGGCCUACCCUCCACCUUGCCAUCCUUGCAGAAACCUGAUGAGGAUGUCAUGGGCCCACAGGACUACAAAAGCUGAUCUAUCUGAGCUGUCAAUGUCAAAAGAAGAUGAAUCAUUUCAAAUAAAAAUAACUUACUUUGUUA